GACUGAGAUUCGUCGCCGGAAGUUGUAGAAUCGAUGAGCGUUUCGGGCAGAGGAGCAUCUCCGUCGACGGAGGCGGCCGAGCCGCUUUACUCGGCUGGGAAGAUAUCGGUGUGGUGGGACAUAGAGAACUGCCAAGUCCCGGUGAACUGCGACCCGCACGCCAUCGCGCAGAACAUUAGUUCCGCGCUGGUGGCGAUGAACUACCGCGGACCUGUUUCCAUUUCCGCUUACGGCGACACGAAGAAGAUCUCAUCGUCGACUCAACACGCCCUUAACAGCACCGGAAUCGCUCUGAACCAUGUCCCCGCUGGUGCUAAAGAUGCAAGCGACAAGAAGAUUCUUGUGGAUAUGCUGUUUUGGGCAGUGGAUAAUCCUGCCCCUGCGAAUUAUUUGUUGAUAUCUGGCGAUCGAGAUUUUUCUAACGCUCUCCACCAGUUACGAAUGCGCAGAUACAAUAUUCUUCUAGCACAACCUCAAAAUGCUUCUGCAGCUCUUGUUGCUGCAGCAAAGAAUGUAUGGCUAUGGACAAGUCUUUUAUCAGGAGGCCCACCCCUUCCUAAGAGCGAGUUCAAUCAAUUAACUAUGGCAGAUAGUGUUUCCAUUCAUUCAAAUCAAUCCUCUGCUAAGCAGCCUGAAAGUCUUCAUUAUGCUAACAAUAAUGAGAAAGAUUCCAACAGUUACCAGCUCUAUGGGAAAGAGAGUGUGACGUCAACUUCAUCCACAACCCGUUCUGACUAUGACUAUGUGCUCAGCCAAGGGGAGGUUAUUAUGCGUGCUUUGGAUACGCUAAAAAGGGAGAUGCUUAUGCCAACUGAAGAAAACAUCACCGAUUGCAUUCGUUUUGGAGACCCACGUUAUCGUGACACUAAUGUUCAGAAGGCUCUUGAGAGUUCACUAAAACAUCAGAUGGAAUAUUCAACAGAAAUCUGGGAUAAAAUCUAUAAAUUCAUAUCAUCCACUGUUGGAAAAUCUGCUCUGUUGGCUACUCGAAGCAGGUAUGAAGCAGCAACUGUUUUAAGGGACAAUAGUUUAAAAGAGUUUACCCUUGGUGAAUUACUUAAGAUCUUGCACGUGAUUUCAUCCGAAGCCCCCAAGAAACUGAUGGAAACUUGCCCAAUCUCCUUGGAUUUGGACUCUUCUUUGAAGCUGUUCAAAUGGGCUUCCCUUCAGAAGCAGUUUCGCCACACCGCAGAUACAUAUCACGCCAUAAUCUUGAAACUGGGCAUGGCCGGAAAAGCAGGCGUUGUUGGAUGCGGGGAUAGAUUUGGGGAAUCACUUGUGGUUUUGGAUGAAAUGUUUGGCUCCGGGUGCGAACCAAAUCUGAGUUUUUAUGCUUCCAUACUGCCCAUAUUUUGUGAAAUGAAUGAGUUAGAGGUGGGAAUGAGGUUGUUUGGAAUGAUGAGAUCUUCAAAGAUUUCUCCAAGUGCAUCAAUGUAUGGGUCUAUGGUACAAUGCCUGUGCAAGAAUCUUCUCGCGGACGAAGCUUUAGAACUACUUGCAGAGAUGAUUGGUAGUCAUCUCAUUCCAGAUGAGUCUGUGUUCACUAGUGUAAUUGAUGUGUUGUGUAAAACCCAAAGAUUGGGAGAGGCUAGGAAGUUAUUGGAAGAUUAUAAGAUGGAUGAUGCUCUCAAGUAUCUAUGCAAGAUGGUCGUUUUGUCGGUUGAUCCAAACGCCGAUACUUUUUCUGCCCUUAUCAUCGGCAAAUGCUUAUCGGACGAAUGCGAAGAAGCCCUAACACUGUUCCACAAAGUUUGGGACAAAUCAUGGGUUCUUGACGCCGUGUCAUAUGGUAAACUGAUCGAUUGUCUAUGCCGAGGGAAAAGGUAUGAAGAAGCUGCAGAAGUGUUCUCCCUAAUGUCUAGCAAAAGCCUUCCUCUCAACUCUGCAUCAUUUGGGAUGCUUAUCAAGGGCAUUUGUGGAAACAAAGUACAAAUUCUUCAUGGGCUCUCUAAAAGAAAUAACGUGGACGAAUCGUCUGUUUAUAACACUUUGAUCAACAGCCUUUGGAGAGGAGGGUACAGAGUAGAGGCCACUAAAUUGCUGGAGUCGGUAGGUUUUUCAUCGGAUUCUUCGGGGAAGGGUUGGGUUCCCAAUGCGUAUACUCAUGCGGUGUUAAUGGGGUCUUUUGUGGAAGAUGGAAAACCUACCGAAGAAUCCGAUGCUUGUGAGGACAGAGUUAGUAGCAUACUUGCUGAGGGGUUAGCAGAUUGUGAUUAACCAUUUUAAAGAUCAAAUAAACCUAACUGACAUUUUUUGAGAGCUUUGGUUUUGAACACUGUCUGAGAUUGUGAGUUUAGCUGCCAAAUAUAACUGUGAGUUGUGCUCUAUAUAGGAUGCUUGGAGUUGCGUUCGAAAAACUGUUUUUGAGUUUUUGAUUAAUCAAAAUACAGCUUAACGUGUUUG